CUUUCCUUCCUUCCUUCGCUCUCUCCUCCUUCGUUCCUUCUUCCCCUUCCCCGAGACCGGCGCUGCUCGCCUCGCAUCGAUCUCCCGAUCCGCGCGCUCCGGCUCGCCGAGGAUCGCUUCGCCGUCUGCGGAUUUGAGACCCGGUUCGUGGUUUCUUGGAUCAGAGUGGGGGCGGGAGCUGUGAUUCGUGGCCCCAUGGCCAACCCCGACGACGGCGGCGCCGCCGCGGGGAAGAAGUUCUGGCGCUCCGCGUCGUGGUCGGCGUCCCGGGUGGGUGAGGCAGCGAAGGAGGGGGCGGUAGGGGGUGGUGGCCCGGCCCGCCUGGUCCCUCCGCCGCCGCCGCUGACGCCGCGGUCCAAGGGCCGGUCCUGCCUCCCGCCGCUUCAGCCGCUCGCCAUCACUCGCCGCAGCCUCGACGAGUGGCCCAAGGCCGGCUCCGACGACGUGGGCGAGUGGCCCAACCCCACCACCCCAGGUGCGUCCAAGGCUGGCUGCGGCGGACCGGCCUCCGCCAAGCCCGGCGAGGGGCUCCGGCUCGACCUCUCCACGCUCCGGUCGCAGGGCCGCAAGGACCAGAUCGCCUUCUUCGACAAGGAGUGCUCCAAGGUUGCUGAGCACGUCUACCUCGGCGGCGAUGCCGUCGCCAAGAACCGCGAAAUUCUGCGCAAGAACGGGAUCACCCAUGUGCUCAACUGCGUGGGAUUCGUCUGCCCGGAGUACUUCAAGUCGGACCUCGUGUACCGCACGCUAUGGCUGCAGGACAGCCCCACGGAGGACAUCACCAGCAUCUUGUAUGACGUGUUUGAUUAUUUUGAAGACGUGAGGGAGCAGAGUGGCCGCGUGUUUGUGCAUUGCUGCCAAGGGGUAUCGCGCUCGACGUCGCUGGUGAUAGCGUAUCUGAUGUGGAGGGAAGGGCAGAGCUUUGACGAUGCGUUCCAGUUUGUGAAGGCUGCCCGGGGGAUCGCCAAUCCGAACAUGGGGUUUGCCUGCCAGCUGCUCCAGUGCCAGAAGCGGGUGCAUGCCAUUCCGCUGUCCCCAAACUCAGUGCUCCGGAUGUAUCGGAUGGCACCUCACUCACCUUAUGCUCCACUGCAUUUAGUGCCCAAGAUGCUGAAUGAGCCCUCACCUGCUGCCCUGGACUCCAGGGGUGCAUUCAUAGUUCACAUAGCCUCAUUGAUCUAUGUUUGGGUUGGACUGAGAUGUGAUCAAGUGAUGGAGAAGGAUGCGAGAGCGGCGGCGUUUCAGGUGGUGAGGUAUGAGAAGGUGCAAGGUCAUAUCAAAGUUGUCAGAGAAGGGCUGGAGCAACCUGAAUUUUGGGAGGCCUUUUCGAGCGCACCUCUUCAUUCAGAUAGCAAUGUAAAGCUUAGCAAGGAGCAGAUUGAUUCAGCAUCCAGGACUGGUCUGGGAAGCCGGAGAGUGGAAUCUUAUGAUUCUGAUUUUGAGCUCGUAUACAAAGCGAUAACUGGGGGUGUUGUUCCAGCGUUCUCAUCUUCCGGGGCUGGGGAUGAGACCCAUCUUCCAGCAAGAGAAAGUAGCUGGAGUUUACUAAGACACAAGUUUGUCACUCGGUCGCUAUCUCGAGUUUAUUCAGAUUCUGCUCUAAUCAGGGAUUUGGAUCCACGCGUACAGCACUUGGCUGCAGAGGCAUCAAUAUCACCACCUUUCCUUUCUCCGAGCUCUUUUUCAUCGGAUUCAAGCAUCAGUUCAAAGUAUAGUUCAGACUCACCCUCUCUGUCACCUUCAGCUAGCUCCCCACCAUCACUUGGUCUUUCACCUGCUUCAUCUAAUUUGCCCCACGCUUUGGUGCCAUCAUCUAGGUCUCCCCUCCGCCAGUCAUCUAGUGAGGAACCUUCAAAGCCUGUCCUCGGAUCGUUACACUCUCCUUCUAAGGUCUCAUCUAUAGCAGAACGAAGAGGAGGAUUUUCACCUCUGAAGCUACCAUCACUUCCAAAGGAUCUAGUACUACCACCAAGGGCACCGCCUAGUAGCCACACAGCAGGGGAAGUCAUGGAUAAGAGCAAUACCAAUGGUGUGAAGCAGCUUGCUGGUGUUCCUCACCCAGAAAAAUGCACCGGUAAUAAUUCAACGACAGACGGUGAGACUAGGUUAGUAGAGUAUACUGACAGUAACUCAGAGGCUUGCAGUUGUGUACAAUUACUAGUCUACCGCUGGCCCUGCAUGGAAAAGUUAACUACAUUCGCCCGCAAGGAUCUUCACCCAGAAACGGUUUUUAUUUUUGUUACUCCUGAUGCUAGCAGUAGUGCAGAGGCAGUUAGAACGCUAUGCAUAUGGAUAGGAGGUGAAUAUGAGAGCAGUAAAGGAGUUGACACUAUUGAUUGGCAGCAAGUUGCUGGUGAUUUUCUUAAUCAGAAGGGGUUCAGCAACUCUCUUCCUGUUAAGAUUUUCAAGGAGCAUGAAACUGAUAAACUCUUGGAAGUGCUAGAUGCUCGUUAACAAGUAGGUCAGGGUAUUCUUAGUAGCUUUAACAAACUCAGCCGCAAAACAUCAAUUCAGUGAAGGCAUUUCCUCCAGCAUCGUCGCUCCAUGCUCCGGCGACUGUCAGCGAGGUAUAAAGCCGCGACAACAGUUCCCCCCCUGAACAUAUAGGCUACAUAUUCCAUUAGUAGAACAGAUGGAUUGGCGAGUUCUGCCGUACCUUUUCCAUGAUUUGCUUGUGUCAAAACGGCAGGAGGCUGCCAUGGCGUUGUAUCUGUGUGAAUUAACACACAUGCAUCAUCGGGUUUUGGCACAACUGGGUGUAUAUUGUCUGCUCCUCUGUAAUGUAAGCCCGCAAGCUGGGAGAUCGCCAUGUUGUUUUUUACCCCUUAAAAAUUCUUGAUACAUCUCAGAGAAGUACAGAGAUCUGUAAUCAACCUGGCUUCUAAGCAUUGGUCUUGACUUUUAACCUGGAGUCUGAGUCUUUUUGCUGUUCUCCUCA